ACCGGCCAUGGCGCCUUUAUUACCAACCAUCUGCUACUGCUCUUACGGAUAGUGAAAGAGAAGCUACCAUUUUUCCAAAUUUUAUCACAAAAAUAUUAUUUUCGAUAUUUUCUUUACAUAAAAAAAAAUAUCUUAGAAAGAGAAAGAGAGAGACUGUGAUCGAUGGCGGAGGAAGAGAUGGUGGCUAGUGAUGUUACAGCUCCGCCUCGUAAGGUUCUCAUCAUAUCCGCUGGUGCUAGUCACUCCGUAGCUCUUCUCUCUGGGGACAUUGUUUGUUCAUGGGGCAGAGGAGAGGAUGGACAGUUAGGUCAUGGAGAUGCGGAGGACCGACCUUCUCCCACUCAACUAAGCGCCUUGGAUGACCACCAAAUCGUUUCGGUUACCUGUGGUGCUGACCACACGGUUGCUUAUUCUGAAUCACGCAAGGAGGUCUACAGUUGGGGAUGGGGUGACUUUGGGAGAUUAGGACAUGGGAACUCUAGCGACUUGUUUACUCCACUGCCUAUCAAAGCACUGCACGGUAUUCGUAUAAAGCAGAUUGCCUGUGGGGAUAGUCAUUGUUUGGCUGUGACUAUGGAUGGAGAGGUGCAGAGCUGGGGGCGUAACCAGAAUGGUCAACUUGGCCUGGGUGAUACAGAAGAUUCUCUAGUGCCUAAGAAGAUUCAAGCCUUUGAGGGAAUACGAAUCAAAAUGGUUGCGGCUGGUGCAGAACACACUGCUGCGGUGACAGAAGAUGGUGAUCUUUAUGGAUGGGGAUGGGGACGAUAUGGAAAUUUGGGAUUAGGUGACCGCAAUGACCGCUUGGUUCCUGAAAGGGUUACCUCUGCUAGUGGUGAGAAGAUGAGCAUGGUUGCUUGUGGAUGGAGACACACAAUAGCAGUUUCAUAUUCUGGAGCAUUGUAUACUUAUGGAUGGAGCAAAUAUGGACAGUUAGGACAUGGGGACUUGGAAGAUCACCUUGUUCCUCACAAACUGGAAGCGCUGAGCAACAGCGUUAUCUCCCAGAUCUCCGGAGGUUGGAGACACACGAUGGCAUUGACGUCUGAUGGGAAACUAUAUGGAUGGGGUUGGAAUAAGUUUGGGCAAGUAGGAGUGGGCGAUAACUUAGAUCAGUGUUCUCCUCUGCAAGUUUGGUUUCCCGACGAUCAGAAAGUAGUUCAAGUCUCAUGUGGAUGGAGACAUACAUUGGCUGUGACUGAAAGAAAUAACGUAUUUGCUUGGGGAAGAGGUACAAAUGGACAGCUCGGUAUUGGAGAGUGCCUUGACAGGAACUAUCCUCAGAUUAUAGAAGCAUUGAGCGUUGAUGGAGAAAGUGGACAACAUAUAGAGUCUUCUAAUUUUGAUCCAUCUUCAGGGAAAAGCUGGGUGUCACCGGCAGAGAGAUAUGCAGUUGUUCCUGAUGAAAAAACUGGACAAACGGAUGGUUCAAGCAAAGGCAAUGGAAGUGAUAUGAGUGUCCCCACAAACUGAUGUCAAGCGUUUGUUCGAUUUUGAGUUUUCUUUUUUUUUUUGGGCCUCGAAAGGUUUUUUCAACGAUCUCUAUUGGUUUUGUACACCACGUACGUCUGGUCUAGUUUGGACUUUGCUUCUUUUUUUCGUUGUUGUUUAGUUCGUCUCUUUAUUUUAACCAUAAUAAUGUCUUACGAAUUAUGUGGGUUUUUCUUACGAUUGCACUUCUGAUCAUGCAUGUUCCAUGUUCUAUAUA